AUGCAGUGGACACAUUUUCGAAGACUUUUUUGGAAAGUGAGAAGAAUCAAUUCGUCGCAUAAUCGACGAUCUAUCACCGAUUGUAGCAAAUUUACUUAUGGUCAUGAUGUAGAAGCAGCAAGAAGAAAUGGUCAACCAAUUGUUGCCUUAGAGUCCACAAUCAUCACUCAUGGAAUGCCUUAUCCUGAUAAUUUAAAGACAGCUAUUAGAGUUGAGAAUGCUGUUAGGUCAAAAGGUGCUGUACCUGCUACCAUAGCAAUUUUAAAAGGGCAGGUGCAUGUCGGUUUGAAUCAGGAGCAAUUGGAAAUUUUGUCUAGAUCAGAUUCUAAAAAAACUAUUAAAUGUUCUCGUAGAGACAUAUCCUUAAUUAUUUCACAAAAAUUAAACGGGGGAACAACUGUUAGUGCAACCUUGUUACUAGCAAAUUUAUCAGGCCUACCUAUAAUGGCAACAGGAGGAAUUGGUGGUGUUCACCGCGGGGCAGAAUUAACAUUUGAUAUUAGUACUGACUUGAUUGAACUUGGACAUACUCCUGUAGCUGUUGUUUGCUCAGGUGUUAAAUCUAUUUUAGAUAUUGGAAAAACACUGGAAUAUCUAGAAACCCAAGGAGUUCCUGUUAUAACAAUUGGUGAAACAGACCACUUUCCAGCAUUCUACUGUAGACAAACAUUUCAAAAUAUAAAAGCACCUUAUAAAGUGUCUAACUCAAAAGAAGCUGGAGAUGUUCUGAGAGCACAAAAGGAGUUAGGUCUUCAGACAGGAUUAUUGUUUGCUGUUCCUAUUCCUGAAAAGUAUGCAUUAGAUCCAAAUGAAAUGGAAUCAGCCAUAUGCAAAGCUCUGGAAGCUGCAGAAAGCCAAGGCAUAACUGGAAAGAAUGUAACUCCAUUUUUAUUGGAAGAAUUAAACAAAAUCACGCAUGGUCAAUCCCUUCAGGCCAAUAUGGCGCUUAUAGAAAAUAAUGCAAACAUGGCAGCAGAGAUUGCAGUGAAUCUCACGGAAAGACAUCAAAAUAUCUCAAUCAGUUCAGCAUCCAAUUGUUCCAUAAUGCCGAAACGAAGUCCAGUAGUGAUCGGUGGAGCUAUAAUGGACACUACACUGCAAGUGAAGGAAUCUGAGAUAAGAGACGAUGGUAGAACGCAUGCCGGUAGAAGCCGGGAAACUUGUGGCGGGGUCGGACGAAAUGUCGCUAACGCCUUGAUCAACCUUGGUCUGAACACCACACGGUUGAUAUCUGUCGUUGGUGACGACCAACCAGGGAAUGCUAUAAUUAAGAGUCUGGGAGACGGUGGCCAGACCGUCGAGCGAUUGUCGGACGUGAACACGGCUAGGUGUACCGUGAUAAUCGAUCAGAAAGGCGAAUGUCGUUUUUUAAUCGGUGAGAUGGACAUCUUCGCAAAAAUUAGCCCCAGUUUCGUGAAGAAGUAUCGAUCACAGGUGGAGAAUGCCAGCCUCAUCGUUCUCGACGGUAAUCUACCUCUGGACACAAUGAAAUACGUUUUGGAUCUGGCCACGCACACGAAAAUUCCGGUUUGGUACGAGCCUACGGACGUGAAGGAGGCAACAAAAGUAUUUGAAGCAAAAACACAGUGGCAGAAUGUUCUUCAUUUUAUAUCUCCAAACAGGAAUGAAUUGAAUACAAUCGGAAGAUAUCUUGGAAUAUCAGUGUCUGAGAAUAAACUAACUAUGGACUUAAAAGAAGUAAAAGCAAUUGCGGAACAUGUAGCUAAAUUUGUUCCAGUAGUUAUCAGUACACUAGGAUCUCAAGGAGUACUGGUUGUUCGGCAAGCUCUAGGGACUGAUCCCUUUUAUGACAAAGAAGGUAAACUCGUUGAAAAUACAACGAUCACUUCGCGUUUGUAUCCGCCAUUAUCUUAUACUUCCGCGGAUCCAAAUGAGACAUUUAAUGUAAGCGGCUGUGGUGAUUGUCUUUCUGCGGGAAUAAUUUAUGGAAUUUAUAAAAAUAUGAAAGAGACUGAUUGUCUUUCUUUAGCACUAAAGGCUGCUGCACUUUCAUUGACAUCAUUUGAUGCGGUUCCCGCUUCACUCUCGUUGUUAUACAAUGAUGCUAAAUAUGAACAUCAUUGUAAUCGAUAGAAAUUGUUAAAAAAUUAUAUAUUUUUCUACUGUUUAAAUAGUGCAAACUACUCGAAUGCGAAUUUAUACCUAUAUCACAUUUAUAAUUUUGCUUAGAUCUCUGUUUGUACUAAUACCCUACAUUCUAAUUUUUAAUAAACGUAAAUGGACGGAUGGACGUCAACGUAUAAUUGACUCCU